AUGUCUUUUUUAUAUAUCGGAUUUUACAAAUUUUUAAUUUUCACGUAUGAGUAUAAAGUAAAGUUCAAAUUUUGCUUAAAAAAUUUUCUGCGGAAAUUUUGGGAGUGGUUUUUCUUUAUUUCUUUUUUCUUUCAGCAAAAUUUUGAUCAAGUGAUAAAGGACAACGAAUUUGUUUUGGUGGAAUUUUAUGCACCAUGGUGUGGACACUGUAAAGCAUUGGCUCCACAUUACGCAAAUGCAGCUAAAGAAUUAAGGGACGAAGGUAGCCCAAUAAAGCUUGGUAAAGUUGAUGCAACUGUUCAUACAGAACUCUCUUCUAAAUAUGAAGUGCGUGGUUAUCCAACCUUGAAGUUAUUCCGAUCAGGAACGCCACAAGAAUAUUCGGGAGGUCGUGAAGCCUCACAGAUUGUUAGUUGGUUAAAGAAAAAAACAGGUCCACCGGCCAAAACACUUACAACAGUUGAUGAAUUCACUGAUUUUCAAGAGUCAGCCGAUGUUGUUGUUAUUGCUUAUUAUAAGGAUAUGGAUAGUGAUAGUGCGAAAAUAUUCUUAAAUGUUGCUGGUACAUUUGAUGAUAUUCCGUUUGGUAUUACGUCAGAAAAGAAAAUUGCCACAAAGAUGGAAAUGGAAAAGGAAGGAAUUGUGCUGCUUAAGAAAUUCGAUGAAAGACGGAAUGAUUUCGAAGAGGAUUUAAGUGCUGAUAAUCUCAAAAAGUUUGUUCAUGUGAAUAGGCUUGGACUAAUUACCGAAUUCACACAAGAUUCGGCAGCUGUUGUAUUUGGUGGAGAAAUCAAAAAACAUCUUCUCUUAUUUAUCGAAAAGGAAAGCAAAGAAUUUGAAAAAAUUGAAGCAGAUUUCCGCGAAGCAGCUAAACAUUUUAGAGGAAAGGUACUUUUCGUAUAUAUUAAUACCGACGUUGAAGACAACGGUCGAAUCAUGGAAUUUUUCGGAUUGAAUAAAUCAGAUUUGCCUGCAUUGCGCAUUAUUAGUCUUGAAGAAGAUUUAACAAAGUUUAAACCAGAUACUGAUGAAAUUACAACAAGUGGCAUGAUAAAAUUUGUUAUGGAUUAUCUGGAUGGCAAAUUGAAGCCACAUCUUAUGAGUGAGGAAAUUCCCGAUGAUUGGGAUAAACAACCAGUUAAAAUAAUUGUUGGAAAGAAUUUCGAUCAGAUCGCAAAGGACAAAAAUAAGGACGUUAUAAUUUUGUUCUAUGCUCCGUGGUGUGGACAUUGCAAACAAUUAAUGCCUAUCUGGGAAAAAUUGGGUGAAAAAUAUAAAGAUAAUGACAAAAUUAUUGUUGCUAAAAUGGACGCCACAGCCAAUGAAGUGGAAAACGUGAAAAUUCAUUCAUUCCCAACUAUUAAGUUCUUUCCAAUGAAUUCGGAUAAGAUGGUUGAUUUCUCUGGCGAUAGGACUUUAGAAGGUUUGACGAAGUUCUUGGAAAGUGGUGGCAAAGAAGGUGCUGGUAUGUCUGACGCAGAAAAGGCCGAAGCCGAAGCUGAAGACGAGGAAGAAGAAACAGAAGACAAACAUACUGAAUUAUAA